CCGCUCAUUUUUAGCCAUUUAUUAUUCUUUCAACGAUCUCGGCCGCCUCCUCUUCCCCUUCCCGUUCCGUUGCUCUUUGAUCCUUCGCACUAGAUUGCUGCGACCUUCCGAAUUCCAAUUCGCGGCUGAGAGCUUCGAUCCCCUGCGCGCAUGGAGGAGCUCCCCGGCGAAGACGCCGCCUCGCUGGCGCCGGGGCCGCGCAGGCAGGCGGAUGGGGAGGGGAGGUCGCCGCGGCAGCCGGAGGCCUUCGAGGACGCAAUGGAAGAGGCGUCGACCGCCUCCGCGUCGCCGGUGGCGUGCCGCGAGGGCGAUGGAGAGGCCGCCGCGGAGGCUUCGCCGUCUUCGUCGCCGUCAGUGUGGAGAUCGCAGGGCGACGGACCGGCGGGUGCGAGGGAAGCGGAAACGUACGACUUGCCGUCGGCUUCAUCGUCGGGGCGUGCGGCGAUGGACGGGGAUGAGUUUACGUCGGUUUCUGAAUCGCGAGAGGAGCCGGGGACGGUUGAUACGGGAAGCACCCCGUCUCCCUCGGAACAACGCGCGAGAGGAGCGGCGGAGCAUGAGAGCCCAAUGGCCACGCCGGGGGCAGGAUCGCCGUUGAGGGAGGAGAGGGAGUCGAGUGUGCACUCGGCGCCAUCGUCCCCGGCACGCUCAGCCACGUCGACGUCGUCCUCGCCGUUGUUGCAGAUCAAGCAGCAGGCCCGGCAUGUGCGAACCAGCAGCUUCCAGCGGUUUAGGCAGCAGAUGCAGCGGGCUUGGAAGUGGGGGCCAAUUGGAGGCGGAGGAGGUGGAGAGAGGAGCCCGAGGGAGCAGUUGCUGCGGACGACUAUGAACAUUGAAGCCAUGACGAAUCAGAAGCGGCAGUGGUAUCAAAUACAUUCCAAGGCGCAGGACCAGUGUCAAUAUGAGGAACCAGCAUCGCUCUUUGAACAUUUUUUUGUAGUUGGUCUCCACUCUUAUGCAAAUGUUGGAGUAAUUGAGGAUGCUUUUGCAAAAAAGAAAGCAUGGGAAUCUAAUGUAGCACGCUCAGAGAUUGUAGAUCUUAGAAAAAUCCAGUAUCAUGGACCUAUACCAUCUAUGGAACCCCAGAUUCUUUUCAAGUAUCCACCUGGAAAGAGAGCGGAAGUUAGGGAAACUGAUUUGCCCUCUUUCUGUUUUCCUGAAGGUGUAAAGGCUCGUUUAAUAGAGAGGACUCCAUCCAUGAGUGACCUGAAUGAAGUGAUAUUUGGGCAGGAACAUCUGUCUCGAGAUGAUCUGUCUUUUAUCUUCUCCCUUAAGGUAUCAGACAAUGCACCACUAUAUGGUGUCUGUCUGCAUGUCCAGGAAAUAGUUCAAAAGGCACCAGGUAUACUAGGAGCAGUCUCACCCCUAAACCCCACUUCCUAUAAGCCAAGUCGUUUCUUGGUUUCUGCACCACGUUGUUACUGUUUACUCACAAAGGUACCCUUUUUUGAGCUACACUAUGAGAUGUUAAACAGCAUAAUUGCACAGGAGAGGCUUGACAGGAUAACACAGUUUGCUAGUGAAGUUGCUCUAGCCGAGCCAGUUCCUCGUUCUGUGAAAGAACAAGAUGGAGUAAAAGGGGAUUUUGAUUCCUCAAAUGGGAUUCCAUACAUUGACUGGACAGAAUAUGCUGUACCUGUCAAUAGUAUAUCAGGUCUCAUUUCUUCAUCUGGUGUUUCAUCAGAAAGGGACGUGUCUUCAUAUUUGUUCAGGAGCUGGGGGCCUAAUUCUCCGGAAAGUAUAUCUGCUAGUGAGAUUUCAGAUUCUAGUUAUGUAAGAGAAGUUGAUAAGGAGGGAAGGCAUAGUUUCGAGCAAUAUGAAGACUGUCUAUCGGAGAACUUGGAAUCCCGUUCUGAUAGCUUUGGGAGAGCAAGUUACAUAUAUGGUAAUGGACAUACUUCCCCAGAUCUUCUAUCCAUGCACUCUCCUAUCUCUAGAAGAUUAGAGCGUGCACAAAGCGUGGAGUCUUUUUUAGACAGUUCAGUCAAAGGUGUUGGAUCAGAUGAAGAAGAUGAAGUGAAUGUGAAGCAUGAAAUGAUUGUUGAUGAUGAAAAAGUUAUAGGAUGGGCUAAGGCACACAAUAAUGAGCCUCUACAAAUUGUUUGUGGUUACCAUGCUCUACCUCUGCCACCUCGUGGUGGUGAACUUGUAUUCCGUCCCCUUGAACAUCUCCAACCUGUGAAAUACUCCCGGCCUGGAUUAUACUUGUUGGGUUUUGGGGAGACAAUUUUGGACAAUGGUUUGACUUCGGGAGAAACACAUAAGCUCAAUGCACGUUUGGCGGCUGCAGAAGAAGCUCUUGCGUUAUCUAUAUGGACUACAGCUACAGUUUGUCGUGCUCUAUCUCUGGAAAGUGUGCUAGGAUUAUUUGCUGGAGUUCUGCUGGAGAAGCAAAUUGUGGUAAUAUGCCCAAAUCUGGGUGUCUUGUCAGCAAUUGUCUUAUCAAUUAUACCAAUGAUAAGGCCAUUCCAGUGGCAAAGUUUGUUGCUUCCCGUUCUACCAAGGAAAUUGAUUGAUUUUCUUGAUGCACCUGUACCUUUCAUUGUCAAAGCAUGUCCGUUGCCUCAACUUCCAUGUUACAAGGAGCUUGUUUCUGAUCUCGGUCCAAUUCAUUCUAGACUAUCCUGUGAGAAUGCUUUGGCUAAGAGACAUCCCAUCUAUAAAUGCAAUGAAGUUCAGGCUGAAGCAGCUUGGCAGUUCUUAAAUGUAAUGAGAUCCUACUUGGAAUCAUUUUGCUCUGACUUGCGCCUUCAUACCAUCACAAAUGUACAGUCCAACAAUGACAGGGUUUCUUUGCUUCUGAAAGACAGUUUCAUUGAUUCUUUCCCCUCAAAGGAUCGCCCAUUUGUAAAACACUACGGCGGCAGCCCCGAGGCCCGCACCAACCGCCGCUCCGCGCUCGACAUCUUCUACGGCCUCAUGCUCGCCGAGGCGCUGCUCUUCCUCGUCGAGAAGGCGCUGUGGCAGUGGAGGCUGGGCCACCACCGCCUGCUCGAGCGCGUCGCCGAGGAGUGCCACCUCGCCACCGCCUGCGGCGAGGCCGCCGUCCGCCGCUUCUUCUACGACUCCUACUCCCGCUGCCUCAACGGCAGCAUCUUCGACGGCCUGCACAUGGACCUCGUGUCCUACGCCGACGACCUGCUUAUCGCGGGCACGCACGACGAGCAGUGCCUCGGCGCCAGCGUCCUCGUCGCGCUCGUCGAGUCCAACCGCUUCGCCAACGCGACGCUCCGCAGGAUCGGCACGUCCGCGCCCACCAUCGAGCGCCUCAUCGAGAUGCUCAGCUGGAAGAACGCCUCGGAGAAGGACGUGCGCCGCUCCGCCGCGGUCGUCGUGUUCAUGCUCACCGGGGGGAAGCUCAACGCGCUCCGCGUCACCGGCAUCCCCGGCGCGAUCGAGUCCGUGGCCUCCUUGCUCUACGCCGACCUCGACGAGCUCAACCUGCUCGGGCUGUCCAUCCUCAACAAGCUGGCGCACGAGCACGACAUCUGCGACAAGAUCGGCAAGACCAGGGGCCUUCUCGACAAGAUCAUCUCCUACUCGAGCAUAGCGAACGAGCAAGAGGCGGCGGCGCCGGCGGUCAUGCGCCUCAAGGCGGUGAAGCAGUCGCUCCGCGUCGUGAAGAGGCUGGCGACCACGACGGGAACCACCGGAAAGCUGCUUCGAAGGGAGCUCUGCGACAUUGUGUUCACGGUGAGCAACAUCAGGGAGGUGCUGCAGCAGCACCAUGAGAAGGACCUGUCGGAGCUGCGCCUGCUGGCGAUCGAGAUACUGACGAGCCUCGCCAUGGACGACGAAUCGAGGGAGAUGAUCGGCGGGACGGGGGGUGUGGUCAGCGUGCUCUUGGCGAUGUUCUUGCCGGGGAAGGCCGAUGCAGCGCCCGACCGGCAGAAGGACGCGGUCCGGGUGGAGGCCGGCGAGGCUCUGGCGAUGCUGGCGCUUGACAGCCGGGCCAACUGCGGCGCCAUCAUCAUCGCGUGCGGCUGCGGGGUGGGGCGGCUCAUCGAGGCGCUGAGUGAUCCCGUCGUCACCAUCAGCGCCGCAAGGAUCCUGCGCAACCUGUGCACCUACGCCGGGGAAGAGUGGCAGCUUGCACUGAGAGGAGUCACCGCCGGCGCCAUCAAGGUUCUGCGCAACAUCAUGGUGCAGAAGACGAAGCUCCUCAACAUCUCCCUCGGCCUGGCGGCGCAGAUGCUCCGGUUCAUGCAGCCCGGGGAGCUCCGCGCGGGGCUCGCCACGGCGGGCGUCACGGACGAGGCGCUGGCGCGGACGCUGGUGCUGGUCCUGCGGGAGUACAGCCGCCCCUCCAUGGUCGUGCCGCGCAUCCGGCUGUACACGCUCGAGCUCGCCAUCGCGCUGAUGCGGUCGCCGGAGGGUACGCGGUUCGUGGCGCACUUCGUGGAGCUCGGGAUGGAGCGCGAGCUGAGGCGCGUCGCGGAGACCACCUCCGGCCUCGAGUGCUUCAACGUCUUCUCCGGCAGCGUCGGGCUCAACCGCCGCGCCGUCGGCGUCCGCUCGCUCGUCGAGUCCGCCAAGGAGCUCAUGAGGCGGGGCUGAUGACACGUCACGAUUCACAUCUGCAUUUAUAUAUUUGGGUGAUCGAUUUAUCUGUACUGUGUGUGAUUUAUUCAGUCUGAUUGCACGGCAUUUAUUUGCUCUCUAUAUAGUACUGUAUCUCUGUAUUCCUAUUGUUUCUGUAUCACCAGCAUUUGUUGCUGUGUGAAAGUGAAGUAAACCUG